CACAUCCAAACCCUCCCCAAAAUGGCCCCACCUGGCGCCCUCCCUCCCCCAACUCCAACCAUCCUAACCCUCAAACAAGACUUCCUAACCGCCCAAACCCGCCUCCUCGCCCAACCCCUCCAGCCCAGCCGAGCCUGGCGACGCGCCAAUACCAACAACGAGUCUGCAGGCGGCGACGAGAACGAGAGACUCACAGAGAGGGCUGUCGACGACGCGCUGCAGAGGCUCAACCACACCCUCCAGCAGCACGCGCGCCGCGUCUACCCGCCCCAGGCAACGCGGCACGUCGCCGAGCAGAUCGACGGGCUGUAUCUGGCGGCCGGGGAUGCUCGCCACCGCGCCGAGGGUGAGGGUGAGGGUGAGAAUGGGGAGGGUGGGGAGGAUGUGUGGAGGAUGCAGGGUGCUGAUUAUGCAAAUCCCGAAAUAAUAGCCUCCCUCCCACCAACCUGGGACUCAACACAACAAGCCCCCGAGGCCCGCCGCUACGCCGACCUCGUCACCCGCCUACAGGACCUCUCAUUCCACCGCGCUGAAGCCGAGGCCCGCGUCCGCCGCCUGCGCAAGGUCAGGGCGCUCCUCCGGCCCUUUGACGCCUCGGAAAACGAGCAGGGGGAAGGGGAGACGAACGGAGGCGGGGGCGGCGGCGGCAUCCAGGACAACCUGGUCACGCGAGGGGGCGAGGUGGAGAGGGAGCUGGAGCGCAUGCGCAUGCUGCUCGCCCGUGUAGGGGACAAGGUGGCGAGGCUGGAGGGGCACGGCGGGGCGGUGGACUCCUCUGAGGAUGACCUCUUUGGCGACGGGGACGCGAUGGUCGUGGAUGAUGUGGAGGUGGUGGAGAGGAGGAAGGUGGAGGGUUUGCUGCAUGGUUUGACUUGAGAGUGCUCUUUUCGGAAUUGCGACACAUCGUCGAGACGUGCAUGCCUGUGGAAUACGGUGGACUAUUUCUUCCUUCACUUUAUUGCCUAAAAAAAAAUUAAAAAAAAUAGGAAGCAC